AUGUGCUAAUAAGAAAAUGAAAAUGAAAUCUAUCCUCAUUGCCAAUCAUGGUUUUAAAAUACAAUAAAUUAAACAUAUAUUCAGUUUCACCCACCUUAACUGAUCAAAUUUGCUAAUAUAAGCUAAAUUAGUCAACUAUAAUGCUAGGAGCUUAUUGACACCAGCUAUCUUUAUAAUUCAAAUAUCAAUCAAAUUAUUCUUUGUGCAUAGACUAUUAUAACAUAAUUCAAAAACUACUUUACUAAUUUAGGCAAUAAUUAAAGUUAAUAAGUGUAUUUAGUUGAUUCUUUAAGUUAAACUGUACUUUAACAUAAUAAUAAAAAUAUUGAUUCUAAUAAUCUUGAUGGUUUUUAUUAAGAAGUACUUUCACUUGUAAAUGAAAAAUCAUAAGUGUAAAAAUUGAAUAUCUCUAUUUAGAAUUAUCUAUAAAAUUUAGUUUGCAUACAAAAUAAAGAUUAUUUGGAAAAUAAAAUAUAAUAUUGUUAACAAUAAAUCAAUUUUACAGCGAACAGCACAUAAAAUGUUGUUUUGAUAACUCCUAUAAUUAUAUAACAAAAACAUUAAAUUUCGAAUAUUUUUAACUUAAACUCAAGUAAACUUCAUAACGUUUAAUAAAUACCUUAUUUAAUUGUUUGCUUUUUGUCUGAAAGUGAUUUCAAAACAUGGGAGUAUAACUUGAGCUAAACUUUGGAUUUUUACUUCAUUGUAUUUACUGUAUGUCUUUCAGUUCUUACUAUUCCUCUUUCAAUUUGUGUUUAUGCUUACUAAUUAAGUCACUUUAUCGUAAUUUAUGAUUAAGUUGAUAGCUUAAUAAAUAUUUUGAAAGAAAUGGCUUCACAUAAAUUUGAUAACAAUGCUCUUUCAAACAAUUUAGAAGAUUAAUUUUUUUCUUAUGAAACUAAAUUUCUUUAUCGAAGCUUUUAGGCUAUUUAUUAAAUGUUAUUAUACACAUCAGAAAAUAUUUUUGAAAUGAACGAUACAGAAACGCUAAUUAAGCUGAGUAAUAAUUUAAAACUCUUUAAAGAAUUUAGCAAUAUCCAUGCUGAGGGAAUAACCAAAAAUAACAUAGGUACUCUUCUGUUGGCUAAAGGCCAUCUUUUUGAGUCUCUUGAGUAUUUUGUGUAGUCUGUUGUAUGUGCAAGAUACGAGAUUCAAUAGUUUUGUAAAGAAAAUCCUUACUCGUUUAGUGCUUUUUUACUUUCUGAGUUUGGAUACUCAAAUAAUAUACAAGAAAUUUUAUAAGAAUAAAAUAAUAGAUUUCCGAUAAAAUUAAAAAAAGAGAAGAAAAAGAUCAGUGUGACUAAAUAAAGCUCUUAAAAAAUAGUAAAUUCAUUAGUUAAUAAAUUAAAAAAGUAAACAAGCAAUUAUUCAUAAUCAGUUGAAGUAGAUCCAAGUUUAUUAGAAAAAUUAAAAUAGCACAACUAAUUCUUAUAAUAAAAUAAUAUUAUGGAACAAUAGAUUGUUCUUGAUGAGUUAAAAGAUGAAUUAAAUGAAUAAAGAAUAUACCUUUUGUAAAAUUUAUAUUCAAGAAAUAGAAAUUUAACUAUAACUCUGCUACUUAUUAAUACUUUUCACAAGAAUAGCUACAAUUUUUGGAGUGAGGUAAUUGAGCAAUUAGACUUGCUAAAAAGAAUAUCAGAGUAUCUCCCCUAAAAAGAAUUAUAACUAUAUGAAAUACUAACUGUAAGAUACAAAGCUCUAUUUGAGUUAAAAAAAGUAAAAAAAUUAGACUACGUAGAAAAAUAGAUAGAAAAUAUUAUUCAAAAUUAUAAGCAAUAGAAAGAGCAGUUAUUAUUGAGUAAUUUCUUUAAAAAUAAUACAUAUCAACAAUAAGAAUUUAUAAAUAAAAUCAAAUAAUUUAAUGAAAGUUCUAACAGUUUUGUCAUUACAAAUAACCCUAUAUAUAAAUAUAAAGAUCAAAGUCCCAUUUUGAGGAGUUAAAUCACCUCCUCAGACAAGAAAAAAGCCUAAUUUAUUAAAAAAAGUGUAUAUUUUAAUAAAAAUGAAACAUCUAAAGAUAUUUCAAUACAAGCUUAUAAUUAAAAUAACUCGAUUUAUUAAUUUAUUAUCAAAUUAAAUGAUACAAAAAAGGUAUUUCUUUAGAAUAAAACUCUAAAUAAGGGAUUGCUGAAGCUUAACUUAGCAGAAAAUGAUUAUAAAAAUUACUUUUUAAACAAUGUUAAUGAUAUUAUUAUAUACUGCAAGUAAAACCAAAAGCUAGAUAUUCUUUUUGAAUUUAGAAAUAAUUUAGACUCAGCAGUUUAAGAUUAUUAUUUAUUUAAUAAUUUUUACUCACUAGAUAAUUUAAACUGUUUUUUUAUUGUUUAUAAAUCUUAAUUUUUGGUGAAAUGUGGUUAAUUUAAAAAGGCUGCUGAGAUAUUAACAAGCUUAUUUGAAAAUAAAAAAUAAAUUAUAUCUCACUAUUAAGUAAAAAUUUGUAUGGUGCUGAAUGAAAUUUUUGCCAAAUCGAAAAUUCAAUCUAGAGAAUUUAAUGAAUUUUUUCAAAAAUUCGACAAUAACAUAUCAAUGUAAAUUGCUUUGAUAUUUGAUUGUUAGAACAGUAGUGAAUUAAUCUUUUAAUCAGUUUAACUCUUUAGCAAUCUCAUUAAUCAAGUUCUUAAUUGGGAUAGAGAUCAGUUAGGAAUUAUAUUAGCUCAACAAAAUUAGUAGAUUGUUUAAGAGUUUAUGCCUAUGAUGAAUAUUUAAUAAAUCAAAUUUUUAUAAAACCAAAUUAUAAAAAGACUAAUGGAAGUCAUUAAUGGGGAUAUAAACUAACUUUUUGAAAAACUAAGCUCAAAGAUAUAUGAAGAUAUUUCUCUUUUUGAUGACCAAAAUAAAAAACAGCUCAAUGAUAAAGAUUCUUUUAUCAAUUAAUUAAGCGUUUCUUAAUAAAGUUAAUUUAGUCCUAAAAUUACAAAAAGUUAUGCUUUAGAUAGUGUAUGUGAAGAGAAAUUACUUGUAAACUAGGAAUAAAUUCAAUCUUAAACUUCCUUAAUAAGUGAAGAACCCACUGUUUAUAAAAAUAAUUUAAGAGGUCUUUAAUAAAUUGAAAGUUUUAGCAAUUUUAUUAAGACAAAAGAAACAUACUAAGCUUAGAGAAAUAUCCUAAAAAAUUCAUGUAAAAAGCCUCUAUAAUUGAUUUUCAGUCCAAAAAUUUUAACGCACUAUGGCGAUGAAAGCUUGGUUUAAUCUCAUAUUGAAGAUUCAAACUAAACAGUUGCUAUGAAUGAAAUUUAUUAAUUAACAAGUGAACACUUCUUCCAUAUAUCAAUCCAUAAAGCUCUUUCAAGUUUGUUUGUCAACCAAAUAAAAUAUGAGUAAAUAAAUUAAAGAUUAUAAAAAAGCAGUGGAUUAAAAUUCAAUUUCCAGAACAACUUUAAGUAAUAAAGAUAUAUUAUAUACUGCUCAAAACAACUAAACAUAAAGAAUAAUUGUUUAUUUUUUAAACUUUGCUAAAUUUUAUCUGUGUUAAAUAUUUAAGUGAUAAUAUUACUUCAAUUUGUUGGAUCUUCCUUUAUUGAGUAGUAACCAGGACAAACAUAUAUUUAUAACAAAAUUGAAGUAUUCAGAGUAUUUUAUAAUGAUUAAUAAAUUGUUAAUUUCUUGAAAAACUAGAGAAACAAAGUUAAUUUCUACAGUUAUUCUACUUAAAUAUAACAUUAUUGA